UGCUUGCGAGUGCGACGAGCGCCAUCUUGUAUCUGGUAGACUCCAAGAAAACCUUAAAGUGAUUCAAGAUGCGUUACAUUGCUGCUUACCUGCUUGCCGUCCUGGGUGGCCACGAGCACCCCACUGAGCACGACGUGAUCAAGAUCCUGCACUCGACCGGCGUGGAGACCGACGAGGCCCGCGUGGCCGCCGUGGUCAAGGCCAUGGAGGGCAAGAGCGUCGAGGAGGUGAUCGCUGCCGGCAGCGGCAAGCUCGCCUCGUUCGGCUCAGCUGCUGCCGCCCCCGCCGCCGCUGGCGCCGCUGCCGCUGGUGGCGAGGCCGCCAAGGAGGAGGAGAAGGCCGUUGAGGAGGAAGAGGAGGUCGACAUGGGCGGAGGCAUGGACAUGUUCGGCGGAGACGAGGACUACUAAGCACCAUCCUUUGUCGUUCGUUCGGACCAACCUUUGUCACCAGCACCACCUUUAUCAGGCUGAGCGGGAGCACUUUGUCCGAUCUACCAGAGUAACACAUCUAAUCAAUGGGACACUUUGUUAGGGGAUCA